AUGGCAGAGGCGCUGUCGCUGCGGUUCCCCAGCAUCUUCCACCACGUGGAUGGCUCCUUCCAUGAGUUUGUGUGGCGCUCGUUCCUCUUUGCGGUGUAUAGCCUCGUGCACCACUCGCCCGGCAUCACGGAGGAGCAACUCGUGCAGCGUCUCAAAGCGAGCGGCCUCGUGAGCAGCAGCGCCUGUCGCGUCGCGCUGGAGUUUCUCAAGGCGUCACUGGUGAUCGUGGCACGCCGUGCUGUGGUGCCGUGCGGCGACGCAGUGCAGAGCCCCUUCGCCGCGCCCGCUGCGGCGUGCCAGCAGCGUGAGUGUUACUUCUGCACCGUCCAGCAAGAAGGGCCAUGGCGCAUUAUAGAGCUGUGA